GGGCGUGACCAAACCGAUCAUUCCUCAAUUUACCGAGUAAUUCAAACCCCAAUCAGCAGUAAUGGCGAAGACUCCCUCCAAGAAAGCCGCGAAGACGGUUGCUAAGUCCGGCAAGGGCAAGGGCAAGGGCAAGAAGCGUGUCGAGUCGUACUCGACCUACAUCUACAAGGUGCUGCGUCAGGUGCACCCCGACACGGGUAUCAGCAAGCGUGGAAUGUCGAUCAUGAACUCCUUCAUCAACGACAUUUUCGAGCGCAUCGCUUCGGAGGCCGGCAAGCUGUCGCGUUACAACAAGAAGUCCACCCUGUCCAGCCGUGAGAUCCAGACGGCUGUGCGUCUCAUGCUCCCCGGUGAGCUGGCUAAGCACGCCGUGUCAGAAGGCACGAAGGCUGUGACCAAGUUCACUUCGGCCUAAGCUCUCUAACAACUGAAUUCUCGGCUUUGGUUCAGCUUCCAAUAGCCUGUCGUUUGCUUAGUGUGAUCGACCCAAUCAAGUCGGUAUCCUAUCUGUUGUGCAGUAAGGAACCGCACUCUUCAUUCUGGUGUUUAUUAACACCACCCUUUUGCGAAAGAUAUUUAACGUGGUGCUGGUGCUUUUCUGAUGAAGCUUGUGUUGUGCUGAAAUUUUGAUCGAGUUUGUGUGUGUAAUGGUCGCUUAGACUUCGUCAUUUUAAUUACGGGUAUAGUCCUGCUUUUGGCUUUAUUUGUAAUGGAGCGGUGCUUGUAUUUUAUCCCUGGCAAAACCAUGGACUUGAUCAAAUCUAUGUGCUGCGCUGUGAGAGCAUGUGCAGUCAAGCUCGAGUCGUCACUGGAGACGUUGUGUAGAUUCGAAUGAAUAACAUCUCCAGGCUCUAGAAUUUGUGCUUGUAUUUGCAAUACGAUGGUAGUGUUCUUGGCCUUUAUUUCUAACCGAAUUAUGCG